UGUCAGAUUUAGACACAAAUCAGCUGUGUUUUUUUUGUUCGACACUGUUGAUAUUUAUUUUAGAAAAAAACGGCAGGACAAGAUGGCAGAUGUGAAGUCGCUGGAACAUCCCACGUUAAAAGUUCCAUAUGAGAUACUGAACAAAAAGUUCCGGACAGCUCAGAAGACCCUCGACAGGGAGGUCUCUCAUGUGCAGCAGGCUGCUGUGGAAAUAGAAAAUGAGAUCUCGACUGGCAACCUGCAGACCAGGGACAUCACGAAGCUGCUCGGUGGGAUGGUGGAGAAGCUGCAGGUGUUGAAGAGGAAGGCGGAUGAGAGCAUCGGGGAGGAACUGCAGGCGACCAGUGUCUGCAAGAAGCGAAUCGAACAUCUGAAGGAGCACGGGACGACGUCGGCGACGGGCGUCGUCUCGCAGGGUGCCUUGAAUCAGUGGCGUCGUCAGCGUUUGGACCGGAUGCUCGUCGAGUAUUUCCUCAGGAACGGAUACUACAACGCCGCGAUCACGUUGGCCGAUCGCUCCAACAUCAAAGACCUGACCAACAUAGACAUCUUCCUGACGUCGCGUGAAGUCGAGAAGACGCUCGCCGGUCGCGAGACGCACAAAUGUCUGCAAUGGUGCCAUGACAACAGAUCGAAGCUGCGCAAGCUCAAGUCCAACAUGGAAUUCAACCUGAGGGUGCAGGAGUUCGUCGAGCUGAUACGCGGCGACAGAAGGAUGGAAGCUAUCAAGCAUUCGAGGAAGUACUUUCCCAGCUUCGAGGAGGAACAUCUGAUCACCAUACAGCAGGUGAUGGCGCUUCUCGCCUUCCCCAUCAACACCGAACUCGCACCUUACAAAUCGCUGUUCGACGUGAAGAGAUGGGACGUCCUGAUCGAGCAGUUCAGACAGGAGAACUACAGACUCUUCCAGUUGGCCAGUCAGUCGGUGUUCACAGUCGCUCUGCAGGCGGGACUCUCCGCCCUCAAGACGCCGCAAUGCUACACAGAGAAUUGCGAGAACAGAAACCCCGCCUGUCCGGUCUGCCAGAAAUACCUGAAUCAAUUGGCAGAGGUCUUGCCGUUCGCUCACUGCUCCCAAUCCAGAUUGUACUGUCACAUAAGCGGAUUACCGUUGAACGAGAACAAUCAACCGAUGAUGUUACCAAAUGGCCAUAUCUAUGGAGAGCAAGCUUUGGAGCAGAUGGCAAAAGACAACAACGGACAAGUGGUUUGUCCGAAGACUAAAGAGAAGUUUCCGUUUAAGAAGGUGGAGAAGGUUUACGUCAUGUAACAACAAACAAAACGAAGCCGCCGCAUGUGAUUUUGCCCGAAAGGAAAAUAUAUAUAUAUAUAAAUUUUAUAUUUAUAUUAUCUAUAAGAAAGAUGCAGAAAGAAAAAGAAUAUAUUG